AUGUUAUGUAACCUGAUCGGUGAAGAAACAGGGUUGCGAUCUCUGAAGACUGAUGACAGUAUCGUGGUUGUACCUGCUGACAAAGGAGGCGCAACCGUCAUCAUGUACAAGGCUGAUUAUGUUCGAAAAGCAAACACUAUCUUUAAUGACAGGGAAGCUUACGCACCACUCGCUGAGGACCCGACGAAGAAGCAGGCCGCGGUUAUAAAGAAGAAGGUGAAUGAACUCGCUCGACUGAAGCUGAUUUACCCAAAUGACUCUAAAUUCAUGACUCUCACUGACCCCCGUAUCGUGCAUGCCUAUGGCCUUCCAAAAGUGCACAAACCAGAUGCACCAUUGAGGAUAAUAGUGCCACUCAUCGGGUCGCCCACUUACAACCUAGCCAAAUGGCUUUACAGGCAUCUGAAGCACCUCGCUGAUGAAUCACAAUACAGCAUCACAAAUUCUCAGUCUUUCCUUCAAAGGAUUGAAUGUCUAAAUGUAAUUCCUGAUGAAAGCAUUCUAUCAUUUGAUGUUGUCGCAUUGUUUUCCUCAAUACCACAUAACCUUGCCAUUGAGAGCGUGACCCAUCGCUUACGAGACAAUCCCAUCGACCUUCCAACACAUCACGUUCUAGAAUUGCUUAAGCUCUGCCUCAAUAACUAUUGUCAAUUCGAUGGCAACUACUACCAGCAGGUUAAGGGCACCCCAAUGGGUUCGCCAAUUUCGGGGCUACUUGCAGAACUAGUCUUACAACGACUAGAACAAGAUGUUGUGCAAAGUUUCCAACCAAAAACGUGGCUCAGAUACGUAGAUGACACAUUUGUCAUCGUUAAGACCUGUGAAGUUGAGCGAUUUCACCAGAGCUUGAAUGGCGCCUUCCCAGCACUACAAUUCACUCGUGAAGAUGCAAAAGGAGGCACCCUCCCGUUCGUAGACGUGAGCAUACAGAAGCUCAGUGACGGUGGCAUCGCAACAAGCGUUCAUCGGAAAAGCUCUGACGCUGAGAUCAUCCUGAGCUAUCAGAGUAACCACCCAGCAGCCCAUAAAAGAAGCUGUGUUCGGACCCUUUUCCACAGGGCCUAUCGUUACUGCAGUAGCGCCGAUUUACUCAAAGAUGAACUGGCCUACUUGCAUCGCUUUUUCAGACUCAACGGAUACCCGGCGAGCUUUGUGAAAAAUUGUCUCAGACUUCAACAACAACCACAAAACGUCGAAUCUAACGGAGACAGAGUAUCACGGAAAUUAUAUUCCCUGCCCUACAUGCCGAGAAUUUCCGAAGCGAUCGCUCGACAAUUAAAUCGAUUCGGCAUCUCCAUCGCUCACCAACUGGCGUCUUCAUUGCGCACGACAUUAUCCCGGGUAAAAGACCCCAUACCGAAGGAGCAGCAAACAAAUUCCAUUUACCGCAUUCCAUGUUCAAACUGCUCUAGCGUUUAUGUUGUGCAUACCGGCCGACGACUUGGGACCCGCAUUAACGAACAUAAGUUGGCCAUCCGCCGACGGGACCCCUUGUCUCUCGUGUUUGCGCACUCCCUUGAGUGUGAUCACCGCUUCAACUGGGAAGGGACCGAAGUGAUCGCUAGUGCCACCACCAAACAAGCGCGAGAGUUUCUAGAAGCUUGGCAAAUCGGGUAUCAUUGUUCCCAUUUGCACUGCCAAGUCUGUUUUCUAGAAGAUGAAUAUGUGAUAGCAAAUUAA